UGUGUGCCGUGGUCGAAAGUGGGACUGCACCAAAAAUACCUGUGAUGGCACCUGCACUGUUAUUGGUACAGCUCAUUAUUUGACAUUUGAUGGACUGAAGUACAAGUUUCCAGGAAACUGUCAAUAUGUAUUAGUUCAGGAUUUCUGUAAGGAUGACCCUGGGACAUUCCGAAUACUAAUUUCAAAUGAAGGCUGUGGCUUCACUGGAGAAAAGUGCACCAAAAGGGUUAUCAUUCUGUAUGAAAGUGGGGAAAUAGAGUUGUUUAAUGGAAACGUAAACAUCAAAGUGCCUCCUAAAGAUGACAGUGAUUUAGAUGUCAUGAAGUCUGGCCGUUAUUACAUUAUUUUACUGGGCAAAAGCAUCAGUGUGACCUGGGAUCUGGCCAUGGGAGUCUCAGUUAUCUUAAAAGGCAAUUUCAAAGAUCAAGUGUGUGGUCUGUGUGGAAAUUUUGAUGGGAACCAAAACAAUGAUUUGACCAGCAGCAAUGAACAUCUUGAAGUAGAUCCAGUUGACUUUGGGAAUUCUUGGAAAGUUAAUCCAUACUGUGCUGAUGUUGAAAAGCCCAACCGGGAACAGACCUUGAUGUCUCCACUGUGUAAUGGAAAUGUAGUGAAGCAGGUGAUGGUAGAAACGUCAUGCAGCAUUUUGUCUGGGGAUCUCUUUGAAGAAUGCAAAAAAGUUGUGAAUCCUGAGCCCUACAUUGAUAUUUGCAUGUAUGACACUUGUGCUUGUGAAUCUAUUGGCGACUGUGCUUGCUUCUGUGAUGCUAUAGCAGCCUAUGCCCAUGUCUGUGCACAAAAAGGCGUUGCUGUCCACUGGAGAUCACCAACUCUGUGCCCACAAAGCUGUGAGGAUCUGAAUAAACAAGAAUUAGAUUAUCAGUGUGAAUGGCGAUAUAAUAGCUGUGGGCCUGCUUGUCCUGUAACGUGCCAGCACCCACAGCCUUUGGAGUGCCCUCUGCAGUGUGUGGGAGGAUGCCAUGUACACUGUCCUGCAGGGAAAAUACUUGAUGAACUGUCCCUGGAUUGUGUCAGUCCAGAAGACUGUCCCGUGUGUACAGCUGGAGAUGUCAAGAUCCCACAUGGAAGGAGAAUAGUUUUGAACAGAGAUAAUCCACAGCGCUGUCAGUCUUGUCUGUGUGAAGGCAAGAACUUAACUUGUGUAGCCUGCGAACCAGUGGAGGACACCCUAGCACUGACAACACCUGUGCCAGAGGAGGACAUUGAACUACCACCCAGUGAAUACUCAUGCAGCAAGAUGAUGGACUUGGCCUUCCUAAUUGAUGGUUCCAAUAAAUUGUCAGAGGAGGACUUUGAACAACUGAAGACUUUCAUAACUGGCAUGAUGAAGAAACUCCACAUCUCCCAAAAGAAAAUCCGAGUGUCAAUUCUAGUGUAUAGGGCUGGCCCCACAAUUUAUCUUGGCCUGAAAGAUAUCAAAACACAGUCCCAGAUGAGAAAAAUUGUCCAAAGCAUAAAAUACACAGGUGAUCAAGCAGCGUCAGCCUCUGAAGUCCUUAAAUACAUUGUGUUUCACGUAUUUGGAAAAGCAGAAAGGACUAAUGCUGCAAGAAUUGCAGUGCUAUUCAUAGCAAGCAGGUCUCCGGGAAAACUUCGCAACAUCCUCCCAGUUUUGAAGAAUAAAAAAAUCUCAGUAAUACCUGUGGGGAUUGGACCAUAUGUUAAUAUGGAGCAAAUCAGGUUCAUUGAAAAGCAGUCACCAGAUAAUAGAGCCUUCCUCGUGAACAAUGUGUUAGAGCUAAUGGAUAAUAAGGAUCUCCUCAUUGAUCAUCUAUGUGGUCUUGGACCUGAAGAUUUGCCUUUACAAACUACGGUCACUCCAACAAUAUCCAGUAUCUUAAUUCCCCCUUGGGGACUCACACCACCACCACCUUUUUCAGAAAAACCAGCUCACAAAAGGCUGGACAUUGCUUUUAUUGUGGAAGGAUCUGACAGUGUAGGGGAGGAAAAUUUCAAUAUCAUCAAGAAAUUCCUUGAGAGGGUUAUCACAGAAAUGAAUGUGGGACAGGAAGAUAUUCAUGUUACAGUCAUGCAGUAUUCAGAGACUGUCACACUAGAGUAUUCCUUUAGGGAAAUACAGUCCAAGGAAAGCGUUAUUGAGAAGGUGAAGAGCAUACCCUACCAAGGAGGGAAGGCAACCAACAGUGGGAAUGCACUCAAUUAUGUUUCCAAACACACAUUUACACCAGUGAAUGGGGGCAGGCAAGAUGUUCCACACUUGGUAUAUAUGGUGUCAUCCAGUCCUUCCACUGAUGUUAUCACGCGGCCUCCCAGGAGCAUAAACGUUAUUCCCAUAGGCAUAACCCCUAAUGCAAAUAUCCAGGAGCUCAGAAAGAUCAGUCAGCCUAAUAACCCAAUAAUCUUGCACAGUUAUAGCUCACUUAUUGAAGAAGCACCUAAAUUAGUGCUGCAGUCGUGCUGCUCUCGUAAAAUUUGGACAGAAAUUCCAGAGUUGUGCAACAAACCGAUGGAUGUCAUGUUUCUUCUGGAUGGAAGUUCCAAUAUUGGAGUAUCAGAGUUUGAGGAAAUGAAAAACUUUGUACGGGCAUUUAUUCAAAGUGCUGAGAUCAGCAAUACUUCAAUUCAUGUGUCAGUUCUCCAGUAUGCCAGGGAAAAUAAUCUAGAAAUAUCAUGGAACAUGCCUCAAGAGACUGAAAAGCUUGUAGAGAUGGUGCAGUCAAUUCAACAAAGGGAACAAGGUCCUACCAGACUAGGAAAAGCUAUUGAUUUUGUAGUUCAGAACGCAAUGUCAGAAUCCCACGGAGGGAGGCCCAGCGCAUCAAAGGUCGCCAUAGUCAUCAUAUCGGCGAGAUCAGAAGACACUGUGGAGGCUGCUGCACUUUCUGCAAGAAUGAACAGGGUUUCCCUCUUUCCGAUUGGAGUUGGGAACAGAUAUGAUGAAGAGCAGCUAAGGACUUUGACUGGGCCAUCAGCUGCUAAUAGAAUCAUGAAGCUUCAGAAUUUUGAAGACUUAUCCACCAUGAUCACAUUGGAUAGCGAGUUUAUCAAAAAAGUGUGCAUGGAUCCUGUCAGAGAAUGUAUAGACGAGGAUGGAAACAAAAAGAGACCUGGUGACAAAUGGACAUUACCCGACCAAUGCCACACUGUGACAUGCUUUCCAGGAGAUUACACAGUUCUGGAGAGUCACCAAAUUAACUGUGAGAGGAUGCCAAAACCAGUAUGUCACAGCAGUCUUCCUGCUGUUAAGAUUGAAGAAACCUGUGGCUGCCGAUGGAUGUGUCCGUGUGUCUGUAUAGGAAGUUCAUCUCGACAUAUUGUCACUUUUGAUGGGCUGAAUUUUAAGCUGACUGGCAACUGCUCCUACACCUUGUUUCAAGACACGCAACAUGAUGUUGAAGUUGUCCUCCAUGAAGGACCAUGCAGAGCAGCUCUGAAGAUGGACUGUAUGGACACCAUCGAAGUGAAACACCGUGGGGUAUCUGUUCAGCUCUUCAGUGACAUGGCAGUAAGUUAA